AGCCAUAUUGAAAAUCUAAUGGAUGAAGAUGAGAAGGACAAAGCAAAGAGGGCUUCGCGGAACAAGUCUGAGAAAAAGCGUCGUGAUCAAUUCAAUGUUCUCAUCAAAGAGCUUAGCUCUAUGCUUCCUGGCAACACACGCAAAAUGGACAAAACUACAGUGCUUGAAAAGGUCAUUGGAUUUUUGCAGAAACACAAUGAAGUUUCAGCGCAAACGGAAAUCUGUGACAUCCACCAAGACUGGAAGCCCUCAUUUCUCAGUAAUGAAGAAUUCACCCAGCUGAUGUUGGAGGCAUUAGAUGGCUUCAUCCUUGCAGUGACCACAGAUGGAAGCAUCAUUUAUGUCUCUGACAGUAUUACACCUCUCCUUGGUCAUUUACCGUCAGAUGUCAUGGAUCAGAAUUUGUUAAAUUUCCUUCCAGAACAGGAACAUGCAGAAGUGUAUAAAAUGCUCUCUUCUCAUAUGUGCGUGACUGAUUCUUCCUCUCCAGAACACAUAAAAUCUGACAACGAUUUAGAGUUUUAUUGUCAUCUUCUCAGAGGCAGUUUGAAUCCAAAGGAAUUUCCAACAUAUGAAUACAUAAAAUUUGUAGGAAAUUUUCGCUCUUGCAACAGUGUGCCUCACCUUCCUUGCAAUGGCUUUGAUGGUGCCGUACCUAGGACCUACAGGACAUCACUAGGAAAGCAAAUCUGUUUCAUCGCUACGGUUCGUCUGGCCACCCCUCAGUUUUUAAAGGAAGCAUACCUUGUUGAAGAACCUCUGGAAGAAUUCACUUCAAGACACAGUCUGGAAUGGAAAUUUUUAUUUCUGGAUCACAGAGCUCCACCGAUCAUAGGAUAUUUGCCUUUUGAAGUCCUGGGUACUUCUGGCUAUGAUUAUUAUCACAUAGAUGAUCUAGAACUCUUAGCCAGGUGCCAUGAACACUUGAUGCAGUUUGGCAAGGGAAAGUCUUGCUGUUACCGGUUUCUGACCAAAGGACAGCAGUGGAUCUGGCUCCAAACCCAUUACUACAUCACCUACCACCAGUGGAAUUCCAAACCAGAGUUCAUUGUGUGCACACACACAGUUGUGAGCUACGCCAAUGUUCGGGUGGAGAGAAGGCAAGCGCUGACUUUGGAAGUCGUAACUGAUGAAGUGGCCAAUGUGUCAGCACUAAAGGACCAAGGCCCAGACCUGGACACCCCCCAGCACUUGAACACCAUGGAGGCGGGGGCUUCGGGACUCAGCGUGAGCCAAUCUCCCUCCCCAUCUUCAAGGAGCUCCCACAGAUCCUCUCCACCAUCUGCGUCUCAGCCCACGUCCACUGCAACCAAGCAACUCUCCAACUCCCUCAUUCCCUCCUUACCAAGAACCACCAGCCAGCAACAGGACUUGGCUCUGCAGAGACUUGAUCAACCUGCCCUUUUGUCGGCUUCUUUGCCUUUCCCAACAUCCUGUGAGCUUCUUCCUCUGCAGUUGCUGCCUCAAUCACUUUUCCAAAGCCCACCAGCUCCCCUGGCCCAGUUCUCAGCCCAAUUUAGCAUGUUCCAGACCCUCAAGGACCAGCUGGAGCAGAGAACCCAGAUUCUGCAGGCCAGCAUUCGAUGGCAGCAGGAAGAACUGCAGAAAAUCCAAGAGCAGCUCUGCUUGGUCCAAGAUUCCAGUACCCAGAUGCUUUUGCAGCAGCCGACCUUACCCCUGAGUUUCAACGGUGUGCAGCAGCCCGAGCGGUGCCAGGAGCAGUCCAAGCGAUGCCAGCAGCAGCCUGAGCGGUGCCAGCAACAGGCCCAUCGCGUCCCCAGCCCUCAGCUGCCAGAGCCAACUGCACCUCCCCAAAGGGCCCGCCAACAGCCGGUUGGGGAGCCCAGGGCACUCCUCUCCAGCCAGGCACCAAAGCUGAUAAGAAACCCUCAAGUGGUGCAGAGCAGCUACUCCACAGCGAGCAAUGUGUCUCCCCAGCUUGGCAGCCCAGCAGCCCUCCUUCUACAGCCUUUCAGCCUGGCCUCACCCACUGCUGGUGCCCACGGCGACAGCCCGGGCCAACCCAGCCCAGAUUUCAGCCAGGACCGGCAACUGAGGCUGCUGCUCAACCAGCCAAUCCAGCCGAUGAUGCCUGGCUCCUGUAAUGCUCAGAGGCCCUCUGAUGUCACUGGAGCUGGAUCCCCCGUGAAGUAUUCCCCGAGCCAGCCUGUGUUCCCAAGCCUGGAAGUACAGACCACCGGCAGUCAUGCCAUGACACCCGUUGUACUGAUGGGACAAGCCGUGUUCCACCCUGGCUUUGUUCCUGCCCCAGUGCCAUCCCUGCACCCCCUGCAGCCCCACCAUCUUCAGCAGCAGCAGCAACCCUACCUUCAGGCUCAGACACCGACUCCUCUGCCCAGUGAACACAGUGCCCUGCUCCUACCUUCCUACUCUCAGCAGCAAGACGCCAUGGGAUACCACCACAUUUCCCCACAGCAGGUCCACAAUUCCCAGAGGCCGAGCAGCCUGUCUGAGUCUCUAAACCUUUAGCAGUCACAGCAGGAGAACAAUCAGUCAGCUUUAACCAAUGGACUUCGGGUGGGAGGGGGAAGGAGGGGGAGUUUAGCAUUACAGUCAGGGGAAAGGGAAACAAAAGGGUUUGAAACUUAAAGUCUUGGCUUUUGCACAUGAAUACAGUUCAAAGCUUCAGGCAGGUCUCAGAGCCCAGGGUGCAGGCUUCAGUAGAUAGCGCAGUAGAAAAUCUCUGAAUUUCCUUAGGGAGUGAGUCCUCCCAAUUUGGUUCGACCUCUGAUGUUCCAGGCAGUCCCUCUGAGCAGUGGACUGGAGGAAACAAAUACUAUCUAUCAAUCAAUCGAUGGUUUUUACCCAGUGCUUACUGUUUGCAGAGCACUGUGCUAAGCACUUCAGAGAGCUGAGUUGGUAGAUACAUUCUCUGCUAAUAUCAAUGCAAACUCCCUCUGGGAUAACCAUCCUUAGACCACCUUAAAAGGUCUUUAAGAUGUCCUUGACCCUUAUUAUUUCAGCCCUUUUGCACUGGGCAAGCACUGGGCUAGCAUGUCAGUUGAUGAGAACCAGAGAUUAUUUUGAUUAUUGACUUUUUUUGCACAACGGCACAGAAGAAAUAACUUUGGCACUUUCAAGAAACUCAGUCCUUUUCCUUCUUCUAGUGCUCCAACUUCCAACACCCCCCCCCACCAAAUUCCCUCUCACGCCCACCAAUCUGAUGGAAACGCCUGGCCCAUUUCAGACAAAUUCUGGGCUUUGAACCCCAGUGGGAUUAAGCCUUUCACCCUGCCUGCUCUUUGGGAGCUGGGUUAGUGUUUUGGGUUGGCUUUCAUAUAACACUGGACAAUUUCCCGUUUAUUUUAAGAGUAGUGACUAGUAUCAUAAGCACAAUCUGGCUGCAGAUGUUCCAGAAUUCUGCAGAAAUGUUUGAGGGUCCCAAGAAGAGGCCGUCCUUCAAGUUGGGUUGAGUGACGGAUCACUGGGGAAAAUGCACUGCGCUCUGACCUUUGGACCGGGGAGGCUGUAUUUUAUUAUCUAACUUUCAUGAAAAUACCCAGUGUUGAAUUUUCCUUGGGAAAAAAAAUGCACUUUUUGCUUUUUUGUAAUGUUUUGUUAUCUUGAGAUGUUUCUAAAGAAAAUAUUUUGUGUAAUUAUAAAGCCAAGUAGUGUACUGUACAGUUGUUGUAAUAAUGACCUAUUUCUAUAGAAAAUAAAAUCAUAUGGCAUUCAGUGUAAA